AUGUCCUCACAGUCACCAGAUGUUAACCUCUACCCUGUCACUGCAAUCCGAGUCGUCAUACAUACUACAGGCAAAUUCUUCGAAGGGGAUACACGCAGUGGGAACCAUGCGUCCAUCUACCUCCUAGUCACUGGUGGUUCUGUGCACAUCAAUAUGAAAAAGGCUCAAGCCCAUCAUACCCACGGCACUCUUGAGGUCAAAACGCAUAGUUAUCAGGUGUCAAGAACAUACGUGAGCCGCCGCAGAGGGUUCAACCUCAGCCGUAGUGGAAAAGGAUGCCGAUAUUGGGUUUACACGAUCCUCAACGACCUAAAUGCUGCUGGCUACAUCAGUGCUCAGAGCGAUCCAAGUGUGGCCAGCGUCCAGUCAUGGCUUCAGUUCAACUAUUCCCGUAAUCAAGAUCCGGAGCCAGAGCCGAUGGAAGAAGGCACUUUCUUUUAG